AAGAGGUUGCAAGAACUUCAAGAUGCUAUAAACAAACUUCCAUUGAGACAUCCAAUUGACGUCAAAUUGUAUUGGAGAGCAUCUGAGUUAGGUCAGAAGGUUUUAUAUGAAACAGGUUGCUUCGACGAUGUUUAUGAGAUAACAGGAGAAGUUUCUCAGAAGAUAAGAGACUCACUUGAAUUUCCACGAACUGGUCCGAUUGGAUGCGACAAGUUCGACUCAGAUGAAAAGAUAUACUAUGUCGACCUUAACGCUGCGUACAUGAGGUUCGUCCAAUAUAUCCCGACUGGAAUUCCAAACGAAGAUGGAGAGUUCCCAGGAAGGAACUAUACAGUUGGAAAAGUCAUACAACAACUCUAUGAUAUUAGGAAAGCUUCAAACCCCAAACUUGCAAUGACACUCAAAUUGCUUAUGAAUUCGACAUGGGGAUAUUCCAUUAAGAAACCUCAAGAGAUGAAGAGUAAACAUUAUGAGAAGGUCGACAACUUUGUUGAAAGGUUUUCUCCUUUUGUUUUGAAGUACGAAUUCACUCAAGGUCAAAGUGGCUUAGUAACCACAUUAAAACCUAUUGUCGAACAUUGGUCUUACCCUCAGUUCGCAAAGGCAGUCCUUGACAACUACAACAAAUUCUUCUCCGAAGUCAAAUCCAAAGUGAAGGUUUACUAUGAGAACAUUGACGCACUCAUGACGAACGAAGAAGGAUACAACAAACUCAUUGAAAUGGGAAUGGUCGGUGAGAAGAUGGGCUGUUUUAAGCUAGAUAAGGUAUUUUCCGAAGUUCAUGUUCUCUCCAAGCGCAAGUACUGGGGUGUACUUGAAGACGGGACAGAAAUAAAACAUUGCAUGAAGUAA